UCAGCUCGCAAUGACAACAUCUUUGCUGCCACCUUUGUCAGUUUAUGGGAUGAAGUUAUUUUCGGUAUAUUAAAUUCAAUGAUUGAAAAGACUAUUGACAGCAUAUUAGCGAGAUACAAGGCAGUCAUCAGUAAACACCAACAGCUUAAACUGUCUACUGAAAUUAUAGUUUUUUCUUUUUCGCAAUUUUGGUCAAGAGGUUUUUGGACAAAACCUUCCAUUUCACCUCCUCAAACUAAUGAAAAACAAUCAACCAAGGACAUAAUAAAGUGUUGUCAUAACUUGUUUCUUGGCGGUAUCGUCUAG